GCACACUCAGCUCCUGUGUCACCGCAGCCCUGAGGACCUCUGGGUUGGGAUCCAUGGUAGCGGUACAAGCGCCAGGACUCAACAGUGGUUGGAGAUGAGGCGGAGGGCAGUCUGCGAAUGCCGCCAUGUCCUCCCCCUGCCUGCCUCCGGGAGCUGGGACCCCAGAGGGGCCCACCAUGGUGCUCCUGGGACUGCUGGCUGCCACUCUGUUGCCGCCCAGCCUCACACUGCUGCUGGUCCACCUCUCCAGCUCCCAGGAUGUCGCCAGUGACCCCAGCAGCGAGCAGCAGCUGUGUGCCCUAAGGGAACACCCCACCGUGGCCUUUGCAGACCUGAAGCCCUGGGUCUCUAACUUCACCUACCCUGGAGUGCGAGAUUUCUCCCAACUUGCUCUGGAUCCCUCCCGGAACCAGCUCAUCGUGGGAGCCAGGAACUACCUCUUCAGACUCAGCCUUGCCAAUGUCUCCCUCCUUCAGGCUACCGAGUGGGCCUCCAAUGAGGACACGCGCCGCUCCUGCCAAAGCAAAGGGAAGACUGAGGAGGAGUGUCAGAACUACGUGCGAGUCCUGACCGUCACUGGCCGGAAAGUGCUCGUGUGUGGGACCAAUGCCUUCUCCCCAGUGUGCUCCAGCAGACAGGUGGGGAACCUCAGCCGGACGAUGGAGAAGAUCAAUGGUGUGGCCCGGUGCCCCUACGACCCUCGCCACAACUCCACAGCCGUCAUCUCCUCCCAGGGAGAGCUCUACGCGGCCACAGUCAUCGACUUCUCAGGUCGGGACCCUGCCAUCUACCGAAGCCUGGGCAGUGGGCCGCCCCUUCGCACUGCCCAGUAUAACUCCAAGUGGCUCAAUGAGCCAAACUUCGUGGCGGCCUAUGAUAUCGGGCUGUUCGCAUACUUCUUCCUGCGGGAGAACGCGGUGGAGCACGACUGCGGGCGCGCCGUGUACUCCCGGGUGGCCCGGGUGUGCAAGAACGACGUGGGGGGCCGCUUCCUGCUGGAGGACACCUGGACCACGUUCAUGAAGGCCCGGCUCAACUGCUCCCGCCCGGGCGAGGUCCCCUUCUACUACAACGAGCUGCAGAGUGCCUUCCACCUGCCGGAGCAGGACCUCAUCUACGGGGUCUUCACCACCAACGUAAACAGCAUCGCCGCUUCUGCCGUCUGCGCCUUCAACCUCAGUGCCAUCUCCCAGGCUUUCAAUGGCCCGUUUCGCUACCAGGAGAACCCCAGGGCUGCCUGGCUCCCCAUUGCCAACCCCAUCCCCAAUUUCCAGUGCGGCACCCUGUCUGAGGUGGGCCCCAACGAGAACCUGACGGAGCGCAGCCUGCAGGACGCACAGCGCCUGUUCCUGAUGAGCGAGGCCGUGCAGCCGGUGACUCCCGAGCCUUGUGUCACCCAGGACAGUGUGCGCUUCUCACACCUCGUGGUGGACCUUGUGCAGGCCCAAGACACGCUCUACCAUGUGCUCUACAUCGGAACGGAGUCCGGCACCAUCCUGAAGGCAUUGUCCACGACAAGCCGCAGCCUCCGCGGCUGCUACCUGGAAGAGCUGCACGUGUUGCCCCCCGGACACCAUGAGCCACUGCUCAGCAUGCGAAUCCUGCACAGCGCCCGCGCACUCUUCGUGGGGCUGAGUGACAGGGUGCUGCGCAUCCCGCUGGAGAGGUGCGCCUCCUACCGCAGCCAGGGGGCAUGCCUGGGGGCACGGGACCCGUACUGCGGCUGGGACAGGAAGCAGCAACGUUGCAGCACACUCGAGGACAGCUCCAACAUGAGCCUCUGGACCCAGAACAUCACAGCAUGUCCUGUGCGGAACAUGACGCGGGAUGGGGGCUUCGGCCCGUGGUCAACAUGGCAGCCAUGUGAGCACUUAGAUGGAGACAACUCAGGCUCUUGCUUGUGUCAGGCCCGAGCCUGUGACACCCCGCAGCCUCGCUGUGGGGGCCGAGACUGCGUGGGGCCAGCCAUCCACAUCGCCAACUGCUCCAGGAAUGGGGCGUGGACCGCGUGGUCCUCCUGGGCCCUGUGCAGCACAACCUGUGGGAUAGGGUUCCAGGUCCGCCAGCGAAGUUGCAGCAACCCUGCUCCCCGCCACGGAGGCCGCAUCUGCGUGGGCAAGAGCCGGGAGGAGCGGUUCUGUAACGAAAACACGCCUUGCCCGGUACCCAUCUUCUGGGCAUCCUGGGGCUCCUGGAGUAAGUGCAGCAGCAACUGUGGGGGCGGCGUGCAAUCACGGCGUCGAACCUGCGAGAAUGGCAACUCCUGCCCAGGCUGCGGAGUGGAAUUCAAGACGUGCAACCCCGAGGGCUGCCCUGAAGUGCGGCGCAACACGCCAUGGACGCCGUGGCUGCCGGUGAACGUGACUCAGGGCGGGGCACGGCAGGAGCAGCGAUUUCGCUUCACAUGCCGCGCGCCCCUGCCCGACCCCCACGGCCUGCAGUUUGGGAGGAGAAGGACCGAGACCCGAACCUGCCCAGCGGACAGCUCGGGAACCUGUGACACAGACGCCCUGGUGGAGGAUCUCCUGCGCAGCGGGGGCACCGCCCAGCACAUGGUGAGCGGGGGCUGGGCCUCCUGGGGCCCUUGGUCGUCCUGCUCCCGGAACUGUGAGCUGGGCUUCCACGUCCGCAAGAGGACCUGCACGAACCCGGAGCCCCGCAACGGGGGCCUGCCCUGUGUGGGCGAUGCCACUGAGUAUCAGGACUGCAAUCCGCAGGCUUGUCCAGCUCGAGGCGCCUGGUCCUGCUGGACCUCCUGGUCCCCAUGCUCAGCCUCCUGCGGUGGCGGCCACUAUCAACGCACACGUUCCUGCACCAGCCCCGCGCCCUCCUCAGGCGAGGACAUCUGUCUGGGGCUGCACACAGAGGAGGCACUGUGUGCCACACAGGCCUGCCCAGAAGGCUGGUCACCGUGGUCUGAGUGGAGUGCAUGCACCAAGGAUGGAGUCCAGACCCGCAGCCGGCACUGUGAGGAGCUGGUCCCAGGGCCCAGCACCUGUGCCGGAAACAGCAGCCAGAGCCGCCCCUGCCCUUACAACGAGAUUCCUGUGAUCCUGCCUGCCUCCAGCGUGGAGGAGGCCACCGGCUGUGGAGGGUUCAGUCUCAUCCACCUGGUAGCCACGGGUGUCUCCUGCUUCCUGGGCUCUGGACUGCUGACCUUGGCAGUGUACCUGUCCUGCCAGCACUGCCAGCGCCAGUCCCAGGAGUCCACACUCGUCCACCCUGCCACCCCCAACCACCUGCACUACAAGGGCGGGGGCACCCCGAAGAAUGAGAAGUACAUACCCAUGGAGUUCAAGACCCUGAACAAGAACAACCUGAGCCCCGACGGCAAAGCCGGCUUCUGCACACUACAGCAGACCAACGUGUACACCGCCUACUACCCCAGCCCGCGGAGCAGACACGGCCUCCGGCCCGAGGCCGCACCUGGACAGCGCUGCCUCCCCAACAGCUGAUACCGCCGUCCUGGGGGCUUGGGCUCCUUGCCUUCCUGAGGCACAGACACAGAGUAGCUGGAAAUGGGACCUUGGAGCCAGUUUGGUUUUCUCCUCCUGCACUAGGCCAAGAACUUGCUCUCUUGCCUUGCCUUGCCUUGCCCGGGUUCCAUCUGGCUUCAGAGAGCUCUGGCUGGCAGUGACCAUGGGAGAGAGGGCUGGCUUCAGGCCGGCACAUGGCUGCAGUUCCAGCUCAGCCCAGGUGUCUUAUGGCCUCCUUUCGACUCACCACAUGCUGACCUCUCCUGCUGUGUCUGGUUGUGGACCUCCUGGGCAUGUGAGCAGCUGGAGAGUGGAGGUGGCAGGAGGGCAGGGUCUUAGGUUGGGGUUGGAAAUGACAGUUGUGUGGCCAUCAUGGGCUGAGCCUGCCCCUCUCUGGCUGGCCCUGGGAAGGCCUUGAGCUACAUCCUGUUUCUUUCUGAAAGAAAUUAAUCAAAUGGCCCCAGAAGCUCUGGCCUCUUUGCGCAGGGCUGAGCCAUUGUGGUGCUGCCCCAAUGUGACAGAGGGACCAAGGCCGGCCCAGGUUGUCUACCUGUGCCUAGCAGUAUGUACGUUGCCCAGGGACAUACCUCUGGCAAGAGGCAGUGAGAACUGAGGACUAAAGACUCAUCAUUGCCGAGAAGCCUUUCGGUCUGGGCUGGUAUACGCCUCAGCCUUGCCCUCAGAAUGCACUAAAGAUGGCCCAGGAGAAAAGGAGGCAGGAGCCCAGCCUCCAUGCCCCUAUGGAGACUGUCUUCCAGCUGCUGCUCAAAAGAGCUGUUGGUUGAGACCUGCUAGGGAGCCUCUGCUGGCCCCUCACCUGUUCAGGAACACACACACACAAUCACAGCCUGCUACAGCAACAAAAAGGUGUUGGGCUGUGGCAUUGUUAAUUAAAGAUGAUA